UGUUUGUGGUUGGAAAGCAAGAAUGAACAUUUGGACAUAUAACUACUGAAAAAGGUUACCUGAUAUGUUUGAUGCUAUGGGUGCCACUGGAUCAGCAGAUGACAUUAAUGCUAUGGAAAUUCACCACUGCUACACAAAAUUUAUGAAGGAAUGCCCAUCUGGACAACUUUGUCUGCAUGAAUUUAAACACAUCCUGGAUCUACAGGGACUUACUCCAGAAGCUAACAGUUAUGUUGAGCAAGUUUUUCACACAUUUGACAUGAAUAAGGAUGGAUUUAUAGACUUCUUGGAGUUCAUAGCUGCAAUAAAUUUGGUUAUACGAGGGAAAAUGGACCAAAAAUUGAAAUGGUAUUUUAAGCUAUACGACGCUGAUGGAAAUGGAUGUAUUGACAAGAAAGAACUAUUAAGCAUAUUCACGGCUAUCCAGGCUAUUAAUGGCCACACCAACAUGUCUGCUGAGGAGUUCACAAACAUGGUAUUUCAGAAGAUAGAUGUGAACAAUGACGGGGAACUGACUUUAGAAGAGUUUAUCACUGGUGUGGAAAAAGACAAGGACCUAAUGGAAUUGAUUACGAAAAUUUUUGACCUUUCCAACGUACUCAAAAUCAUACAGAGCGGCAGGAGACACAGCAUCUGAAUGAUCCAGUGAUGGAUGUGGCAUCUGUGGCAUCAUUUCAAGGAAGAUAAUAUGUGAUACAUUCAGAGAGCUUGAUGUCGUCAAAGACUGCCCAGGCAAUACCAAGCAGCCUGCUCCAGGAGUAACAAUUUUCACUCUUGACUCCAUAUCUCUCCUUUCCCUUCCUUUAUUCUUUCCCUCGCUAAUGACUGUGGCAGCCACAGAACACAAACCUUUGCCCACAUAUAACAGAAAAUCUAGCUGAUGCAUUAGAAAUAACUUAUUUGGUCUCUAUGAACACUGUUCAGACUAAUCAAUAAAAUAAUUAAACUAUCGCAAAAUGUAACCUUUUUGGGAGACACAGAAUUAAUAUGUUUCUUAAGUGUGGCCUCUUUAACCUACUAUCUAAAAUGUGGACAUAAACUUCUAAGCAGGACUGGAUUCCAUCUGGAUCAAUUAAGAACGAAGGCUGGUUUGCAUUAACCUAACAUUUGCUCUAAUCAGUACUCAAAAUUGGAGUAAAUUCUCUGGGAAACACCUCAGUCAUCUUAAUAUUCCUGAAAUGCGCAUCCUCCUUAACAAGCUGUCUACCACUCUUGAUUUUAUUACAUCUGUAAAUUAAAAUAAUGUGAUAUUUUGAUGGGUUUGGCAGGGUUCAGUUACUGUUCUUCCAAAUUAACCUUUUAUAGAAGCACUGGAAUUAAAUUUUGUUAUCUCUGUAGAGUAAAAUUAGAAGUUCAAAGAAUAGCUAAAACCAAAUCACUUUGUAAGCACUCUGGUUUUCCAGAGAUUUGUGUCCUUUGACUUGUACAUCCUCCUUUUCAAAACAAAUAAUUUUCACUGGGCUCUUUGCCAUAGCUGCAUGAGACAAAAGGUAAGAGGUAUCGUCACUCGUCCCUGCUGAUGGGACUGCAGGCUUCUGCCAAACAGACUGUUUAACAGCUGAAUUCUUCCUGCCUUUCCUUGACAGGGAGUACUAAUUUAAGUAUCUCUGCCCUGCCCAGAUACCUGGGUGAAAGCUUUAUACCAAUUUAGUCUCUUUGAGACUUCUACCUUCUUUCAAACUGCAUUGCAAUUGUCUCUGAAGGUGGUAGCUGUCAGGAGUGCAGGGAAGGCAUUUGCAGAUAGCAUGAUCACACAUGCCUCAUUUUCUUAGGAAACUAGGCUAAAACUAACUCAACCUUACUUUAUAAAUAACAAGUUUCAUUCUAUAAGCUGAAAUAGAACUGCAUGAACUGUCUCCAAAGGGAAAAUUAUAGUUCUCUCUGGUUCUGUUGGGAUUGAAUCUCAAGUCUGAAAGGAGUUUUAUCAAAUUACCACAACAUACCGUAAAUUCUCCUUGGCUGACAUUGCCCUGAAGGCAUCACGCUAGUAUCAGUUAUUGACAGAAGCAUCAGCUUUAUGCAAAAUAAUUUGUGCAUGGAUUGGUGCAGGUUGAAUGAAACAAUUAUUAAGAUUUCAAUGUGAAAAUGUUUUUCUUCCAAAUUCACUUCAAAUCCAUGUCCAUUUGCACAUGAAAUGGACUCCAUCAUCUGCAAUUAUUAUCCCAUGUUCUGGUUUGAUCAAUGGAAUAUACUGUGUAUGCAACAUGCAUCACUUGACAUUAUAAACAGUUCUGACAUUUGAAUCUUUUACAUCUUUUCCAAAAAGAAAAGAAAAUGAUGUAUGAGAUUGCUGGUGGUUCAAAUUUUAAGUUCUUGUAUUUAUUCAUCAUUGACACAGUAAUAUGUCAUUGUCAGUAUCAGUUUUCUCACAACCAGACUUCAAAAAGUCAUUUUUCUUAACUUAAUGCUUUCGUAUUUAGAUCCUAUGAGGGUGAUGUCCUUCAGAAUUAGCUUUGCAAUAUUUAAAAUAAAAUGGUCCAAUUUAAGCAACUUGGGUGUAUGAGAACAGUUGUGGUUUGGAUUUUUGCUUUUAAACUAAUGAAGUUAUGGAUUUUGAAAAACUACUAAUACCUCUGUACACCAACUCUUUUUUUUUUUUUUUGUAAAGGGAUUUAAAUUUGUCUAAUUUCUCUGUGUAACUGUAAUUAUAUGAAGUGAAUUACCAAUUCAAGAGUGUUGUGUUGUACUAAAAAAAUAUGUAACCAUUUUUUGCUAGACUAAAUUUUAAAGGUGUAUCUGACAUGCUCAUUUUCUACACUUUAAAAUAAUUUAGCAGAAACCUGUGUAAUUAAGAAGCCAGUAUCUUUGCUGUUUAAUGUAAACAUUCUGGCAAAUAAUUUCCAAAAAUAUUUAUCUACAGUAACUCCACAUUUGUUUGGGACUAUUCCUAAGAUUCUAUUUUUUUUAUAAGUUGAUUAACAUAAAUUUCCUUUGACUAGUUAAGCACAAUUUGAUACACAGCUGCUUGAGAUAAAUGCAUUAUGGCCACAAUUUUCUAUUGGUCUCAUUCUUCUAAAUUUGACAGCUGCUCAUCAAGUGUAUCAGUGAAAUCAGGUGGAAUGUGGAAAUCCCAUCACCCCUCCCUCCCUAGUCUUGUUCUGAAACAAGAGGAGCUGCAACUCAUCGUGGUGGAGGUGGUUUGUAGUCACGAAGGUAUAUGGUAAGUCGACCUGAUUAUCAGUAAUGCUUAUUGAUAAUUUAUUGAUUAGCAGAAACAGAAAAAAACAAAACAAAAAAAAAAACAGUGUUAGUUCAUUUUACGUACACACCUCAGCAACUACUGAAGUGGUUAAUGGGUAGUGAUGAGCCACUGAUCUUAGGGGCUGCUAGAGCCCACAGAAAUGCUUUUGUUUCAAAGCCCCACAUGGGAGAGAAGAAACAUUACAGCACAUGCUCUCAAGAAAUGUCUUUGUCAACAAGAUUGAUGCAUAUGCUAGCUGUGAGUGUCUGGAGAAGCUGGGCUGCCUAUAUGAUCAUCACAGGGGGGUAGGCUUUAAUUAAGAUAGAUGUGUACUGAGAAUGGCUAAUCAUUUUGUCACCAUAUUCACCUUGGAAAGAAUCACAGGUUUCAAAUUCACUCUGUGCACCUGGGUGAGCUUUACCAAUCAACAGGGUAAUUGGUAGUUUCUCUUCUAACAUAAGCUCUUUUCCUGUUAGGAAGUCCUUAUGACUCUAUGCUCUUUUUAUUGCAUCCAAAAAGCUAAAGGUAAUUAGUCCAACAGUCCCUUUUUUUCAAACAAUUCUUAAUUGUCCUAAAAUUAUCUCCUUUUCUUUUCUGCUAGCUCAAUAUGCUAAGAAGGCAAAUAGGUGCUUUUUCUUCUGAGGAUCUGUGAAUUCAAAGCCACAAGCAAAGUGCCUUUUCUUGUAGAUAGGGAAUUGCUUUAGAAUUAACAGGCGUGAUUAAACCUUAUGCUACAGUUAUGCAUCCCUGACAAAGUGGAGGAGAGCUUGCUGUGGUGUAGUAAAGAUCUUGUAGCUGCAUUUAAUUUUUGUCCUUAUGUAAGAUUAGCUGUACCAUACAGACCAUAAGAGCUAAAUAUUCAAACCUUGAGUUGCCUGUGUGCAAGGACAUAUGUCCAUUUACUUAAUAAAGGUUUUCCACAUGGAAA